UAAAUAAAUAUACAUUUUAUAUAUGAUUUAAUCAUUACAUUUAAAAAUGAUCUAUUAAAUAUGAACUGCCUAAUUAUAUCAGAGAUAAUUUAUCACCACACAUUAAUAUUGUUAUACGUCCGAUAAUACCAUAUAUUAUAAGAAUUUACGUAAUGGAAUAGAUAAUCAUGAAUAGCUAUUUAUCAGUAGUAUUUUAAAUAAAGCGGUGCUUGUAUUUCAUGCGUCGACUAGAAACUCGAAUAGUUCGUAAUACGUUCGUCGAAGUGACUUGUAGGUUAAAAGAAGAAAAUUAAAAUAAAUUUUUAAAAUGCGUGCAGCAAUUGCAAUAUUUUGUGUUUUUUUGGGAUGCUGCACUAAUGUAGUUUUUUUGGAACUGCUUGUUAAAGAUGAUCCAGGUAGUGGAAAUCUUAUUACAUUUUCACAAUUUCUCUUCAUAGCCAUAGAAGGAUUUUUAUUCACUUCAAAAUGCGGAACUGUAAAACCCAAUGUCGGUAUAAAAGAUUAUUUCAUAUUAGUGACAAUGUUUUUUAUUGCUAAUGUUUGUAAUAAUUAUGCAUUUGAUUUUAAUAUACCAAUGCCUCUUCAUAUGAUCUUCAGAGCUGGUUCUCUGAUAGCUAACAUGAUAAUGGGUAUUAUAAUAUUAAAAAAACAUUAUGCAUUGAGUAAAUACUUAUCUGUUUUGAUGAUAACUCUCGGAAUUGCAAUAUGUACUAUUGUCAGUGGCAAAGAUAUAAAAUCCUUGCAAUCUAAGCACGUUGAACAUCUUCCAACAACACCAUGGGAUGAUUUUUUUUGGUGGAUGUUAGGUAUUACAUUAUUAACUAUUGCAUUAUUUGUUUCUGCUAGAAUGGGUAUAUAUCAAGAGGUAUUACAUGCACGAUAUGGGAAAAAUGCAAGAGAAGCUUUAUAUUAUACGCAUUUAUUACCAUUGCCAUUUUUUUUAACUUUGACAUCUAAUAUUAAGGAUCAUUUAGUAUUGGCAAUGGCAUCAGAUCCAUUGAUUAUACCUGUGAUUAAUUUAUCUGUGCCAAAAUUAAUUGCUUAUUUAAUUGGAAAUGUUCUUACACAAUAUAUUUGCAUAAGUUCUGUAUUUGUAUUAACAACAGAAUGCAAUUCACUUACAGUAACAUUGGUAAUAACUUUACGAAAAUUCCUUUCUUUAAUUUUUUCUAUUAUUUAUUUCAAAAAUCCAUUCACUGUGUACCAUUGGAUUGGUACAUUUCUAGUCUUUGUAGGGACAGUAAUAUUUACAGAAAUAAUACCAAAAAUCUCUCAAAAUCUGCAAUACAUUACAAAAAAAGAAAAAGUACAAUAAGAAAGUAUAUAGUCUCAAUUUUUUAUUUAAACGAAAUUGUGAAAAUAAAUGAAUAAAUGAAUGGAUAAGACAUUUUCUCGUUAAAUACAUUAUGGAGUAAUAUACAAAGUUAGUUUAAUAAAUUAAAAUUGUAGUUUUAGCUAAAGAGUUUAAAUUACUAAUGCUGCUAUAUCAGAAAUAUAUCUGAGAGUAUUUAUAAAUAUAUUUUAUAAGAAGUAUAUUAAAGGGUUUAAUUGAUAUGGUAUAAAGUAUCGUAAUAAACAAAUGAAGUAUUAUUUCUUUCUAGUUCUUUACUUUUUGUUUUGCUAAUUAAAUAAAACGAAAGUAAUAAUCUUAUA